CUUUUAUUAUGGCCAUAUUCAACUAGAUUUUGUGCAUCAUAUACAUUGAUUUAGAGCCUAGUAUUCACCGCCCCAUCCUAAGCUAGUUCUAUAUGGUUUCUCCAAGUGCUUCAGAUGCUAUUAGCCGUGGCGUUUGCUCUAAUUGCAUACAUCUUAUGUAUUGUCGUGUAUCGUCUUUAUCUGACUCCUGUGCGGUCUUUUCCCGGGCCGCGAUUGGCAGCGUUGACUUUCUGGUAUGAAUUUUACUAUGAUGUCUGGCUGAGGGGGAAAUAUGUUUGGAAGAUUGAAAAAUUACACCGCAAGUACGGGCCCAUUGUUCGAAUUAAUCCGGAAGAACUUCAUAUAGACGACCCGUCGUUCUAUGAUGAGGUCUAUGUUGGACCCACUAGGAAGACGAACAAAUGGCCAUGGAGUGCAAAAAUGUUCGGUACGACUAUGGCAACCGUGGGAACCGUUGAUCACGAUAUUCAUAGACAAAGGCGCACUGCGUUGAACCCAUUCUUCUCGAAAAAGUCUAUUUCUGGCAUUGAACCCAGCAUUCAAGCUCAUGUAAUCAAGCUGUACAGAAUUCUUGUCAGUUUCAAAGGCACCGGGCACAUUGUGAACCUGAGCGAUGCUUUUGCUUGUCUUUCAGCGGAUAUAAUUAGCGACUGCGCAUUUGGUGAAACAUAUGGCCUCGUUGGCUCACCGGAUUUUGCGCCAGAAUGGAGAAAAUUCAUGAUGGAUUUGAGUCUUGGAACGCAUCUUAUGAAACAAUUUGGCUGGGCGUACCAACUGCUCAUGGCAACUUUCCCCUGGGUUUUAACUCGUCUGCAUCCACUGUCUAGGAAGUUGUUCCAAUUGCGCAAGAGACUGAAAAACCAAAUCGAGAUCAUUCGCAGUUCGGUCAAGGACAACAGAGUCUCAUCUAGAACACUUUUUCACGCACUGCUGAAUGGAGACUUGCCUGAUGCAGAGAAGUCACCAAAAAGACUCACCGACGAAGCCCUUACCGUCAUUGGGGCUGGAACCAUCACAACCGCGCACACCCUAGCUUUAACUGUGUUUCACGUAUUGUCACGGCCGAUCGUUCUUCGAAAGCUGCAACAUGAGCUUCAUAAAAUCUUCACCAGUAAUACCGAAGUGACUUGGAACAUACUGUCCCAGUCGCCGUACUUUUCAGCCGUUGUCACCGAAGGUCUUCGCUUGGCCUUUGGUGUGUCUCAUCGUUUGCAAAGAGUUUCGCCCGACGCAGAUCUUGUCUAUCGGGAAUGGAUCAUUCCAGCAGGUACUCCAGUCAGCCAGACUCAAAUGUUUAUUUUGACAAGUGAGAAAAUCUUUCCCAAUCCGCAGGAGUUCAUACCCGAGAGAUGGCUACCCAUUGCGACUCUGAUGGGACUACCGUCGGCCUCGGAAGCGAAAAGGUUUUUUGUACCUUUCAGUCGUGGAACGAGAUCUUGUGUCGGCAUGAAUCUUGCAUACGCAGAGCUUUUCAUAACCAUUGGGACACUGCUCAGGCCUAUAAACGCUGGAGGGCAGUUCGAAAUGGACUUGUUCGAAACGACACAGAGAGACUUCAAAGUAGAAUAUGACUGGUUCAAUCCGUGUGCAGCACUAGACUCACGAGGCCUUCGAGUCUCAAUAAAAUAGGGUGAGUCAAAUAUGUAAUCAAGC